UUUAAAAAUGACUUGAAAAAAUUAACCGAACUGCAAAGCAAAUCUUUUCGUUUCUUUAAAAAUCCAUUUUGAAAAAAGAACAUAAUGAGCUGUCCCGGCUUUGGUGAAGUAAACAUACCAUCCUCCCGUGCCUUUUGGGAUGAUUGCGAAGAGGACGAAUUCGAGAGCAUUGAGCCGGCCACGAAGUCACAGUUAAACUUUAAAGAGGGUGCAGACGAAACUCCUCUUGUCAGCGAUGUGUUUGUGCUCAUCGAAGGGCCGCACAUAAAUGAAUUCUGCACUGGUGCGCUGCUCAAGGAAUCGAAGCGGAUUUGCGAUAUACCAGCGAAAUCUUCGUCGCUGCAUUGGAAUGCCGCCAAGGGACAGCUGCUGGCCGUGCUGGAGGAGGAUCUGACCAGCAGUGGUGAAAUAACAGAUCUGCUCAUACCCUACGCACAGGUGGCAAAGCGUGUACUGACCAUCACGCUGAAGCCCAAGGUGGACUACAAAAGCGAGGAAAUCGACAGAUACAGGGAGGAUGUGGCCAUUAUCCACUCCGUGGGCGGUAAUGGCGGUGAUAAAUCUGUGCGUGAGUUAGAGGCGCCUAAUUUUAUCGCUGGUGCCGCAGCGGGCAUUGCUUGCUGGCGCAAUGAAAUGGAGCUGCCCGUUAGCUCAUACGUUGUUUACACGGACAAACUGCCGCUGGAUGUGAUUGCUGCUCAGCCAGUGCUCAAACUGCUGCAGAAACUGGGCGUGCCGUGCUCUGAACGUUAUGUGCCACCAUCCAAGGAGAGCUCCUACCUCUACAUGUAGAAAUGAUAGCACAUAAGUUUAGGUGAUUGUUUAUAUAUAUAUAUAUUUAAAUAAAUGGUUGCGGCUAAAAAAGAAC